CUGGUAUGUGGGAAGGUGCCUGUUUCCUCGUGCACCAGCAUACUGGAAUGUCCUUCUUCAUCUUAUCUGACAUCCUCCUGUGAGGCGUUCAGUCCUGCACGACAGGUAGUCUACCAUCUUUAACUCAGUCAUAGGAAGACCGAGUGACCGGGAGAGGCGCGAGGCGUGCACUAACGGGACCACUGAAUCUGAGAGGCCAUUUUCGCCCUGACCGAGCCGCGUGAGCAUUUGAAAAUUGUUUUUGCGAUUAUUGUACAGCCUCCAUUUCGACGCGCAAACUGUCAAGCGCAGAUCAUGUGAUUGCGAGGAUGUGGGCUUGUCUUGUCGUCCGGAUCUGUCCGUAACCCUACAAACGGUACCAAAGCCAGAACGCGAGGUUGGGAUUGAUGCAGCAGUGGUUGGAUAGGUAGUCACGGAUGUAGGGCUAGUCGUCUCUUUGAAAUAUAUUGCUUGGAUCGAAUGUAACAGGCUAUAUUUAAACACCUCAUGGGGCAGACAGAUGCAAUGUUGUUAUAGGUUGAGAGAACUGAACAUCGUCGCUUCAUCUGGUGCGGUUAUUGAAUCGUGUCUCUCCUCUUUUCACUCCUCCUCUUCUCCUCUCCUUUCUUUCAGCAUCACUGAGAGAGGCUACUGAUGCUGCCGUAGCUCGUGAAAAUAUUCUCAGUAACAAAGUACCGGGACAGGGCUGUGUGUAAUUUAUCCCGGGCUAGAUGCUGUGAAUUAUCUCGCAGGAUUGUGAUUUGGGUUUACGGGAGGGAAGGCAUCAUAGACAUUGUGUUUCGUUUGCUCCGGGUUGAUUCUGUCGCUGUCGUCUACAUUGCUUAGGAAAUUGGAGGCAUAGCCUAUUGCCGCUGCUGUUCUGUAAGCCAAAAAAAAAUCGAUUUAAAUUUGAUAAUUGGUGAAAUGUCAUGUGUAAUAUCCGAAUGACAAUCUGAUAUUUGCUGUCUUUUUCAAGGAGGUAUUCCGGGGACAUACGCAAGUGACACGUGCCACGAGCGAUGUGUCUGACAGACGGGCAUUCGUAGCCUACGAGAGAGGUGGGAGGGAAUUAUUUCUCACGUACACUAGUUCAGGAGUCGCCAAGUUCUCAGAGUUAUAACAUAGGAGCGAGCUUGCAGAUAAACGUUUUGACACUCCGGUUUAUGCACCAGCCUCGGGAUGCGACGUCAUGAGUUGCUGUCCAGAUGUUGCCUUUGAUGUGAUUCAUUCAAUCUAGGCUAGGCCUACUGUUGGGUGCUUUUUACAGCAGAAAUAACUACUGACUCCUGCAUUUCUCAACUAAUUAAUUAGUCAGUCGUCCCCCCCCCCCCCCCUCCCCUCCCCGUUGCUUGACUACCUAAUUUAAUAAGCAUAUCUAGGCUACUUCAUAAUACCCGGACUGGGAUACAACACAAACUGUGCUACAAUGAUACCCGGAUCGGCCACGUCGAUGCUCCCAUCCAUGUCGUCGGAUGACAUUAAACUAUACCAGCAUAACUACGUCCGUAACUCCCGUGCCAUCGGACUCCUGUGGGCCAUCUUCACCAUCCUGUUCGCCAUCUUGAACGUGGUGAUCUUCAGCCAGCCCUAUUGGAUCGGAGACGGCGUGGACACCCCUCGGGCGGGCUACUUCGGCCUUUUCCACUUCUGCACCGGCGACGGAAUCCAGAGAGAGCUCGACUGCACAGGGACCUUCACAGAGUUCGCGCAGAUCCCAUCCACCGCGUUCAAGGCCGCGUCGUUCUUCGUCGGGAUGUCGAUGAUGUUGGUGAUGGCUUGCAUCGCUUCCUUCACUCUCUUCUUCCUGUUCUCCACCACCACCGUCUAUAAGAUCUGCGGCUGGAUGCAGGGGGCCUCGGGUGUAUGUCUGGUGAUGGGCUGUAUAAUCUACCCUGACGGCUGGGACAGUGACGAGGUGCGGAGGAUGUGUGGGGAGCAGACGGACAAGUACAGCCUGGGAGCGUGUUCCAUGCGCUGGGCUUACAUCCUGGCUAUCAUGGGGGUUCUGAAUGCCCUCAUGCUCUCCUUCCUGGCUUUUGUACUGGGCAACAGGCAGGACGGACUCAUGACCGAGGAACUACUGGCCGAGAGCAAGGAAGCUGGGAAUGCCUAAAACAAAGGUGUCUGCGUUUCCUAGUGUGUGUGUGUGUGUGUAACUUUCAUCAUCACGCUCCAGAGUUUUACCCAUCACCCCCAGAAGAGGACGACACUGGCACACCAUGGCUGUGAGAGAGAGAAGAGAGAGAUGGAGAGGAGAUGAGAGUAAAAGAGAAAGAGAGGUGGACAAUGAGUGAGCGAAACAGACAGGAGAGAAAAAAGCUAUGUAGCCAGAUGCCUCCCAUUCAUUCACACAUGCACUGUAUUCUAGUUCUCACCUUCUAGUCUAUACUGGAUCUGCCAAUGAUAUGUACAUCCCUAUGAUAUUGGCCCUGCUCACAGUCCUACAGUCUCUCUAACUCCACUAUCACUGAACCCCUAGGAACCCCAGCAGAGACAAGACAAUCUUCACACAGCCGAUCAUCGACCAAGACAGGGACAGAGACUUUGACUGACCAACAGAAGACGUAUGGAUUAUCUGCAAGAAUAUGGAUGAAGAAGAUUUUUGAAGUAUUGUUCUUGUAAUCACAUAUUGUAGUGAGAGAAAAAACACACACACUCAGACACACACACACACACUCAGACACGCACAGACUCAGACACACACACACACACACACACACACACUAUCACACUCAUGUAGACAGUCACAUUUGAAUACAUACAGUGCAUUCGGAAAGUUUUCAGACCCCUUGACUUCCCACAUUUUGUUACGUUACAGCCUUAUGCUAAAAUGUAUUAAAUUGUUUUUUUACCUCAUCAAUCAACAGACAAUACCCCAUAAUGACAAAGCAAAAACAGUAAGUAUUCAACCAUUUGCUAUGAGACUCGAAAUUGAGCUCAGGUGCAUCUGUUUCCAUUGAUCAUCCUUGAGAUGUUUCUACAACUUGGAGUCGAGCUGUGGUAAAGGAAAUUGAUUGGACAUGAUAUGGAAAGGCACACACCUGUCUAUAUAUAUGGUCCCACAGUUGACAGUGCAUGUCAGAGCAAAAACCAAGCCAUGAGGUCGAAGGAAUUGUCCGUAGAGCUCCGAGACAGGAUUGUGUCGAGGCACAGAUCUGGGGAAGGGUACCAAAACAUUUCUGCAGCAUUGAAAGUCCCCAAGAACACAGUGGCCUCCAUCAUUCUUAAAUGGAAAAAGUUUGGUAUGUCCUUGAGUGGCCCAGCCAGAGCCCAGACUUGAACCCAAUCGAACAUCUCUGGAGAGACCUGAAAAUAGCUGUGCAGCAACACUCCCCAUCCAACCUGACAGAGCUGGAGAGGAUCUGCAGAGAAGAAUGGGAGAAACUCCCCAAAUACAGGUGUGCCAAGCUUGUAGCGUCAUACCCAAGAAGACUCAAGGCUGUAAUCGCUGCCAAAGGUGCUUCAACAAAGUACAGAGGAAAGGGUCUGAAUACUUAUGUAAAUGUGAUAUUUCAGUUUUGUAUUUUUUAUAAAUUUGCAAAAUUUUCCAACAACAUGUUAUGGCUUUGGCAUUGUAGAUUUAUGAGGGACAAAAAAUGAUUUAAGCAAUUUUAGAAUAAGGCUGUAACGUAACAAAAUGUGGAAAAAGUCAAGGGGUCUGAAUACUUUCCUGAAUGCACUAAAUACAUAGCAUCCUUAGACAUUGACCUUGUAAUAAAUCCCUAACGCUAACACAUUAAGCAACAAUAGAUACUGUACAUUCGUGUGCCAUGUAAUUUCCCCAAAUAUAUGUUUAUGUUUUACUUGUGAAAAGAAGGAAAUCAAUUCUUCUCAUGUGAUAUUGGGUGUCUUAACAUAAUGGGUGAACUCUUACAAACAAAACAUCUCCUUUCAUUAUCCUCCUCGUCUUCCCCCUCUUCCUCAAUAACCCUCUUUACCAGAGAGCAUUGUUGUCUAACGUGAGUUGCUACGGUUACUGUGUAUAGAUGUUCACUGGAGAGAAAAAUAUAUAAGUUUUACAAAGUUGGGGUUGAAACCUGUAUAUUCUAAAAUAACAAAGAAGCACUAAUGGUAGGAAUUCAUUUUGUACCUCCAUCGCAAGCCGUAUGCUCAGCUCGAUUUACACAUUACUUCAUGAACUUGUGGCUCAAUAUUUUGUAAUUUUAGUGGUAUGGUAUAUUCUUCUUCACUGUGAUGGGAGUGAAUGAUUGAUUGUAUGUCUCCUUCGUAUCUCGUGGCUGAGGGGUGAAUGUGUGUGUGUGUGUGUGUGUGUGUGUGUGUGUGUGUGUGUGUGUGUGUGUGUGUGUGUGUGUGUGUGUGUGUGUGUGUGUGUGUGUGUGUGUGUGUGUGUGUGUGUGUGUGUGUGUGUGUGUGUGUGUUUAAUGCACCUUUUUAGUGUACCAACACACUGGCCUCGUCUCAUACUGAGUCUUCUGGACAUACAGUACAUAUCUCUUUAUUUAUGUUUCCUCUCUCUCUCUCUCUCUCUCUCUCUCUCUCUCUCUCUCUCAGUAUGUGUUUAUCAUUCAUUAUGGGGACAUACAGCGUACUAAGUGUGUAGAGGGUCAUAUAUAAUAAUCUAUUGAUUGAUGAAUUGAUUGGGUGAUUGAUUGAUAAGGCCUGAUGAGGUUAUUCUAGUCCUUUACCUCCAUCAUGAGUUCGGAGGAGGAAGAAGAGGAAGAUGAGGAAGAGGAGGAGGUGUGGUGAGCUUUAGUGUUAAUACUGGAGAAAGGCCUGUCCCAGUCUCCGCUGUCUAUGUACCACCAAUGUAAAUAUAAAUAUCAAAACCGAUACCAAACAUUAAGAAACUAUAAGGAAGAGAAGGGUAAACUGCAAUGAAAUAAAUAAAGUAAAUAAAGAAGAAUAUAUGAAUAUGAUUAAUAAAGGUUUUCACAUUAGAACAAA